CUCCAACCCAAGACAGGAGAGUGGCAACGGAGCGUACGGAGUCCCAGCAGGCACGGAAGCUAGACUCAACCAUUUCUCCGCUCUGCAGCUCCUCCUGGCUCAACCCGAACAUGUUGGACGGCCUGAAGAUGGAAGAGAACUUUCAAAGUGCGAUUGAGACCUCGGCCUCCUUCUCCUCUUUGCUGGGCAGAGCGGUGAGCCCCAAGUCUGUCUGCGAGGGCUGUCAGCGGGUCAUCUCGGACAGGUUUCUGCUGAGGCUCAACGACAGCUUCUGGCACGAGCAAUGCGUGCAGUGCGCCUCUUGCAAAGAGCCCCUGGAGACCACCUGCUUCUACCGGGACAAGAAGCUCUACUGCAAGUACCACUACGAGAAACUGUUUGCUGUCAAAUGCGGGGGCUGCUUCGAAGCCAUUGCGCCCAAUGAGUUUGUCAUGCGUGCCCAGAAGAGUGUGUACCACCUGAGCUGUUUCUGCUGCUGCGUCUGCGAGCGACAGCUGCAGAAGGGUGACGAGUUUGUCCUGAAGGAGGGCCAGCUGCUCUGCAAAGGAGACUAUGAGAAGGAGCGAGAGUUGCUGAGCCUGGUGAGCCCAGCAGCCUCAGACUCAGGCAAAAGUGAUGAUGAGGAGAGUCUUUGCAAGUCAGCCCACGGGGCAGGGAAAGGAGCAUCAGAGGACGGCAAGGACCAUAAGCGACCCAAACGUCCCAGAACCAUCUUGACCACUCAGCAGAGGAGAGCAUUCAAGGCCUCAUUUGAAGUAUCCUCCAAGCCCUGCAGAAAGGUGAGGGAGACUCUGGCUGCGGAGACAGGACUGAGUGUCCGUGUGGUUCAGGUGUGGUUCCAGAACCAGCGAGCCAAGAUGAAGAAGCUGGCCCGGCGACAGCAGCAACAGCAACAGGAUCAACAGAACACCCAGAGGCUGAGUUCUGCUCAGACAAAUGGUAGUGGCAAUGCUGGCAUGGAAGGGAUCAUGAACCCCUAUACAACGUUGCCCACCCCACAGCAACUGCUGGCCAUUGAACAGAGCGUCUACAACUCUGACCCCUUCCGACAGGGUCUCACCCCACCCCAGAUGCCUGGAGAUCACAUGCACCCCUAUGGUGCUGAACCUCUUUUCCAUGACCUGGAUAGUGACGACACAUCUCUCAGUAACCUGGGCGACUGCUUCCUGGCAACCUCAGAAGCUGGACCCCUGCAGUCCAGAGUGGGAAACCCCAUCGACCAUCUGUAUUCCAUGCAGAAUUCCUAUUUCACCUCUUGAGUCUUCUCCUAGAGUGUUGUGGCUGGGCUCCCAUGCGGAAGAACCAUACUGUGUGAGGGAUUGCUGACUUUAGGAUGGGGAGGCCAGAGAAGAGGUGGGCUGGGGAGGGAGGUUUGUUGGAGAUGCUGUCGUUUAAUUAUAUGGUGUAGCUCAGCAUUUCCAAAGACUGAAUACGUUAUGGAUCGCAUAGUUUAAUGUUUCUAAUAAGAAUCUUAGUGUUAGAUAUGAAGAUGUGUUUAUCAUUAAGGACAGGGUCUUUUAAUAUAGAUAUUCUCAAGCAAACUAGAUAUCUAGGGACUCCCAACAGCUUCCCGCCAUCCCGGAGAAGUGCUUGUCAAGAGGUGCCGUAUGUCUAUUCAUCUACACACCAAUAGACAGACAGAUAGGUGUGUGUGUGUGUGUGUGUGUGUGUAAAACCUUUCAUACUUUAUCAUCAAAGUUUAUUCCUAAUUAUAACAGACACCAACUGUACAGCAAAAGUAACUUUAUUUUCAGUGUGAACUAUAUUUAAGGAAAUGCUUGAUGCACUUAAGUUAUAAAAUGAGAUAAUUUACUUUUAUAAACUUUAUUUUUAGUUGGGAGAGACUCAUCGGCAGGGCAGAGAGGGCUACUCCACCUGGCCCCAAAGCUUUGAGUGCUUGAGUUCGUUCUGUGACCCUAGCUUCAUUGAGGGCUAGAAUGUAACUCCCGAUGGCAGGCAGCAUGCUAUAACGAACUCAUGCUCACUCUGGUGUCAAGUCACCGGGCCUGAACGCAAUUGUAAGCUUAUUGGUACGGGACUGUUGGGUAGCAUCUGCAAGGUUGUCUCGACCCCCCAGAUUCAGCCUCGAUGAGUGUGGAUGAAGUUGAUAGCCACACCUACCUCCCUCUCUAUGAGUGUGGAUGAGGUGGAUGCCACACCUACCUCCCUGGGGACACUAAGGCUCCACACCAGGACAUGACUGAGGGUGAAACAAAAAUAAAUCUGAUAUGAUUUAAAGUA